AUGGGUAAGAAGACGCAAAAGAAGAAUUCCAAAGGUCGUUUAGAUAAGUACUAUUACCUUGCUAAGGAAAAGGGCUACAGAGCUCGUUCUUCCUUCAAAAUCAUUCAAAUCAAUGAAAAGUAUGGACAUUUUUUGGAGAAGUCGAAGGUCGUUAUCGAUUUAUGUGCUGCACCAGGUUCCUGGUGUCAAGUGGCUUCCAACUUGUGUCCUGUUAACUCCUUGAUUAUUGGUGUCGAUAUUGUUCCGAUGAAAACUAUGCCAAACGUUAUUACUUUCCAAAGUGAUAUCACAACGGAAGAUUGUAGAUCGAAAUUAAGAGGGUACAUGAAGACGUGGAAAGCCGACACCGUUUUACACGAUGGUGCUCCAAAUGUUGGUUUGAGUUGGGCUCAAGAUGCCUUCACACAGUCUCAUUUAACACUGCAAGCCUUAAAAUUAGCCGUUGAAAAUUUAGUAGUUGGUGGUACAUUUGUAACGAAGAUCUUCAGAUCCAAAGAUUACAACAAGCUAAUUUGGGUAUUUCAACAGCUCUUCGAAAAGGUGGAGGCAACCAAACCUCCUGCUUCCAGAAAUGUUUCUGCGGAAAUUUUCGUUGUCUGCAAAAAUUUCAAGGCCCCUAAGAAGUUGGAUCCAAGGCUAUUAGACCCAAAGGAAGUCUUUGAAGAAUUACCAGAUGGUCCACAAAACAUGGAAGCCAAGGUUUUUAAUCCAGAAAAAAAGGUCAGAAAAAGAGGUGGUUACGAGGAAGGUGAUUAUUUGUUAUACCAUGAAACUGGUCUUAUGGACUUUAUGAAAUCAGAAGACCCAAUAACUAUGCUUGGAGAAUAUAAUAAAUUCAUCGUAGACGAAGAAGAUCAUGACUGGAAAAUUGUGAAGAAAUUAAAGCAAACCACCAAAGAAUUCUUGGCAUGUAUCGAAGAUUUAAAGGUUCUUGGUAGAAAAGAUUUCAAGAUGAUCCUAAAAUGGAGAAAAGCAGCUAGAGAACUUUUAGGCUUGGAUGAAGAGGAAGAAAAACCAGAGAUUGAGGAAACACCUUUGACAGAAGAAGAGCAGAUUGAAAAAGAACUAAAUACUCUACAGGAGAAACAAAGGUUGUCUGUUAAGCGUGAGAAGAGAAAGAAGAACGAAAUGAAACAGAAGGAAAUUGUUCGUAUGCAAUUAAAUAUGAUCAAUCCAGUAGACAUUGGUAUCGAAGCUGCAGAGUUAGGUAGAGAAUCAAUUUUCAAUUUGAAAACUGCAGAAAAAACGGGUAUCCUUGAUAAACUUGCCAAGGGUAAGAGAAGAAUGAUAUUUGAUCAAAAUGAAUUAGCCAUAGAUAACGAUAUCCACAUUGAUGAAAAUGCGCCUCUGGAUGAUCGUGAUGAGCUCGCUGAGGCUGAUGAACUAGAAUCCCAACUUGAUGCCAUGUACAGUAACUAUAAGGAACGCAAGUCAGAAAGAGAUGCAAAGUUUAGAGCUAAGCAAGCCCGUGAAUCCAGUGAAGCGGACAACUGGAAUGGAUUCGAGGACAAACAAAGUGAUGAAGAGAACGAAGAAGAAACUAAGGAUUAUGUUGACGACGAUGACAACUCGGAUCUUUCAGACUCUGACGAUGAUGAAGCUAUCAAUCAGUUGAUAGCAAAAUUGAAAAGUAGAGAAAACAGCAGCAAGUUAAGUUCUAAAGCUCGCGCGCUAUUUUCCGAUUCUUUAUUCGAGGGAGUUGAACCAGAUUUACCUGGUAAGGCGGAUCUUGCGGAUUCAGAGUCUGUGGGUGAUGUCAAACAACUAACAAAGAAAAGAAAAUUGAAUCCACUUCCUGCAGAGCAGAUUUCUGAAGCCGAAUCUUCCGACGAAGAUAGUGAUUUCGAAAUCGUCGCAAACAACGAAGAUGGCGAUGUAGACUCUGAGUAUGAUUCCGAAGAAGAGGCAAAGAGGACAAAACAAGAGAAACAUUCCAAAGACAUUGAUAUUGCGACCGUUGAAGCUAUGACUCUAGCUCAUCAAUUGGCAUUAGGUCACAAAACGAAACAUGAUUUAAUCGAAGAGGGUUUCAAUAGAUAUUCUUUCCGUGAUAUGGAAAACCUGCCCGAAUGGUUCGUUGAAGAAGAAAAACAACAUUCCAAAAUUAAUAAGCCUAUCACCAAAGAAGCAGCCAUGGCAAUAAAGGAUAAACUGAAGGCUCUAAAUGCCAGACCCAUCAAAAAAGUUGCUGAAGCUAAAGCCAGGAAGAAGCACCGUGCUGUUGCUCGUUUAGAAAAGUUGAAGAAGAAGGCUGGUCUAAUUAAUGAUGACAGCGAUAAAUCUGAAAAGGACAAGGCUGAAGAAAUUGCAAAAUUGAUGAGAAAGGUUACCAAGAAAGCAAAGCAAAAACCGAAGGUCACAGUUGUGGUUGCAAGUGGUAAGAAUAGAGGUCUUUCCGGCAGGCCUAAGGGUGUUAAGGGUAAAUAUAAGAUGGUUGACGGUGUUUUAAAGAACGAACAAAGGGCUUUGAAACGUAUCGCUAAAAAGCAUCACAAAAAAUAA